AUGGCGGCAAGGGAAGCUGUUGUCAGCUACAAAGCUGAAGUGGAAGCGACUGUCACCCGCUGGAUGGUGGACUAUUAUUCAUUUAUAGCGCUAGAAUUUUUUAAAAACCAGAACUACGCUGAAUUCUGCGUUGUUAGAGAUUUACUUAACAGUGUCUUGGUCCGUCCUCUGGAGUCCUCUGAUGUCACGCACACAAAGAUUCGAGUAAUGCAGUUUCUCUCCCGGAUAUAUGACGGGGAACAUCUUGACCUAACAUUUGAGUCUGAUGAGUCACUUACUCCUCUGGAAUCAGCCUUAAUGGUCCUGGAAAAUAUGCACCAGGAAUGCAGUUUGUCAAUGUCACAGCAGGAUUUUGAGAAAGUAUGCACUUCAAUAAAAGAGAUGAUGGUUGGGAUGUUCAUUAAGCACAAUCAGUUUGACAAAGCAAAAGAGGUGCUGAUAAAACACUUUCCCAAAUCCAUGGUUGGCAAGAAAGCUAUUUUCAUGGGUCUCAUCAAGAAGAAGAGUAACAUUCAUGAAGUCAUCGAGCAAAUCAACUUCCAACAGUUCAAGGAGGAGAUGUCGGCCUUUUGCCAGAGUCUCUUUCCGUUCAAUGUUCCCUUUCUCCACAAGGCUGCAACACAGCUUCUUGAUAAAAGACUUGCGGAGCGAGACGUCACUGCCGCUGGACCUGAUGAGCAACACGAAGCAGGCCCCUCCUCUAGUCCAAAGAUUAACACCAUCCAGUGUGUACCAUGUAAACAUACAAUAAUCCAGAGGACCAGGUUGGAGCUGGCCUACAAGGCUUUGGCUCCAGAUUCAGGAGAGAGAACAUUUGCUCAGCUGGAGGAAGAAGUGGAGGAAGAGGAGCAGGCAAGAAAAGAAGACCUUUCACGGCGCCUCUCACCUGUUCCAAGUAGGAGCAGCAUUCUGGACGCGGAGCAGGAUGGGCUAUUUCAGAGAGAUUCAGGAAGCCCCAUGGAGGCUUCCCCAGCAGACCAAACACCACAAACAGAUGCUGUUCCGAAAAGGUUGGAGGCAGAUUGGCUCUCAAAGACGCCCUCAGUGCUGAGCAACAGGCACCAUAGCACUGUGGCACGACUGGUGGUGGAGCCGGACAGCCAGGGGAGCUCGCAGUGCACGGUAGCGUCACAGGAGCAGGAGACUGAAGUCAGAACAGAAGAGACACCACAGUCACCCAAUAAGAAAGACUCACAGAGCCUGGAAGCAGAUAUUGAGGUUUCCACACCCGUGCGGAAGCUCCCCAGACGAGCCAACCAAGUUUGCAGCAGUAGAGCCUCAACUAGUUUGGCAGAGUUGGCAGCAGACAGUGAGGGGGACCAACCCGGCUCUGUGGACAACGGGGACGUUUCUGUGGGAAAACAACAUAACCAGUCCACCAGUUUACUCAGCAGCAGUAACUCCACUAAGUCAGAACAGUCUGCAUCAGACAGUGAGGAAGACCCACAGGAGUCACUGGCUCCCUGCAAAACCCCAGUACGGAAACCUCGUAAACGACUGGCCAGCGAUCCUCUCAGCGAGGUUCCAGAAGCCGUCUGUAUCACAGAUUCCUCAUUGGACAGCUCACCUGAACUGGUCCCUAUUCGGCCUGUCCCUCGAACGAGCUCUACUCCUCAGAAGGACGCUCAAAACAAAGGUCCUGCCCACUCCAAAUGGAAAAAGCUGUACAAUACCGCAAAGGAGAGUAAGGAUACGUGGAGCGAUGAAGAGUCCCUUUUCAGCUCCAAAAAGAAGAUACCGCACAAUGAGAGUACAAUUUCAAAUGCAGGCCACAGGAAGAGGACGUGGAGUGAGAGCGAGACAAAGAAGUUGAAAGAAGGGGUCAAAAAAUUUGGGGAGGGAAACUGGACUAAGAUCAAGUCAUAUUACUCCUUCAAUGAUCGAACAAAUGUCAACCUUAAGGACCGAUGGAGGACAAUGAAGAAGCUAAACAUGAUUUGAGUAAUUCAGGAAAAGUUCAAGUAGCCAGAUGGACCGUAUUAUCCAAUUAACAGUUUCCACCUCCACAUUAAUCUCUUGGUACCUAAAUGGAAAUGUAUUUUCAGAGGCAUACUUGUUAUUCCUCACUCUUUUUCUCCAAAUUAAUCAUGUUUAAAGAUUUUGUACAACUUAAGUUCAUUACUAACUCAUUCAAUUUUCAGGGUUUCAUAUGUAAAAUUAGUAUUCUGCUUAAUAAAAGAAUA